CGGCGAUCAUGGACAUCGACAUUUGCGGACCUUCCAUCCCUCUGAUCAUGGGUCUGGCAUCGCACAGCGUGCACAGCAGCGCGUCAGGCUGGCAACCCGCAUACGUAUCCGAUAAUCUGUGCGCCAUGUCCAUCGGCUUCCUACUCCCAUCCGCUUCCUCAGCCGUGAUCUGGCGAGGUCCAAAGAAGAACGCAUUGAUCAAACAAUUUCUGUUGGAUGUGGAUUGGACUGGCGGUUUGUACGACGAGGAGGAGGAAGAGGAGGAGGAAGAUGAUUUGGUGCGCGUCGAUGGGCAAGCGGAGAAAGAGGGACGAUUGGAUUAUAUGCUCAUCGAUACGCCACCCGGAACGUCGGACGAGCACUUGUCCAUCGUUUCGCUCUUGCAACCCAGCGGAUUGCAAGGUGCGAUCCUGCUGACGACGCCUCAAGAAGUCUCUUUGCAGGAUGUUCGAAAGGAGAUUUCGUUUUGCAGAAAAGUCGACUUGCCGAUCCUGGGCGUGGUGGAGAACAUGGCGGGAUUCGUGUGUCCUGCUUGUCAUGGCGCAUCCGACGUCUUUUACCCCUCUACCGGCGGAGCAAAGGCCCUGUGCGAAGAGCUGAGUUUGAGAUUCUUGGGCAGCGUGCCGCUCGACCCUAGGAUUGGGAGAUGCUGCGAUGAGGGCGAAAGCUUUGUGGAUGCUUUUCCUGAGAGCCCAGCUGCAAAGGCUUAUCUGGACAUUAUCGCGCGUGAGUGGUCUUGCCAGCAAAUGUUUUUUCUCCAAUUGCAUUUUUGGGUUGUGGGGGGGUUCAACCCUCCGCGGAAUAGGCUCUUGCUUCGUUGCGAAGAAGUACGGCGAAGAGAAGACGCUCACCCGCUACAACUCCUUCUCUCCCUCUCCCCCCUUUCCCCCAAAUUUUUCUCCCGAACUUUUUCUUCGAUUCGAACACCUUCGCCUCGGACGCAGAAAUCCAAGAGCUUUGUCCUUGAUCGACGCGCGCCUUUUUAGCGCGGCUCUCGAUCGAGAGAGCACCUACUCGGCUCGGUGCCGGACCACUCCUCCUUUGCGCACUGCUUCAGACCUGCU